CAUUUGCAUAUACGGCAACAGUUUAACUUGACGCUCACAGCCAAUCACAAUGUCCAAUUUUUUGAAUCAAGUUACUGAAGCCGCUUCCAACGUGGCUAACACCGCUGUCAACACGGCCAGCAACCUUGCUACCCAGGCGACCAACCUGGCUACUCAAGCCGCUAACUCUGAUGCCGCGGCCAAUGUCGCUUCUCAGGCGAAGAAUCUUGGUUCACAGGCGACUAAUGUUGCCGGCAAUCUCGCCAGCCAAGCUCAAGCUCAAGCCCAUGACUUGGUCCCCGAUAUCGUUCCAACCCCUAGUAGCACCGGCACCAGUGCCACCUCCAGCUCUGGUACCAGAGGUGUGCCCGCCGAAGGGGAGGUCGACAGGAGUCACGAUCUGAGCCCCAAGAAUGAGAUGGACAAGGCCAAGUUUGAAAGGUUGUAUGAGAGGAGAGGAUCUGCCGAUGAGCUCCAAGAUAAGGGUAUUUUGAAAGGUUCGCCUGGUGACGUCCUGGCUGGUAAAAAGGCCGACCUUGAAAAGGCUAUGAACAUGGAUGUUCUUGACCAAGAAAUCGCCCAGAGACCGCCUCCCGAAGAGCUUGUCCGGAAGGGUAUCCUCAACCCUUCUGAGGUUCCGACCCCUCAAUAGAUUUUGUGUAUGCCGGUUAGAAGACUCGAGUUUUUGCGGCGCGUUGCAGUUAACGUGGGACAAGUAAAAGUUAGUAUGAGAAGGAUAUGUCCUUAGGGAUUGUUUGUACGAUAAGUAGGAGUGUAUGCCACAUCAUGAAAGUCUAAAUGAUGCUUCCCGUCCGCACUCAAGUGCAGACCAUAG